ACUUCACUUCCUUCUGGGAGACAGUAACUACCUGUCAGCUGCUGCUUCUAGAUCAACUAUGCACCCGUACCACAGAUCCCAGUCCAGACCGGACCAUCUCCCCUCUGAAGGUCCAGUGGGUCAUGGCCACCUCGGGUCACCCAGAUCUCUGGUGUGCACACCUGAGCAGACAGCAUCGCCGUUAAUGAGCCGCCACAAGGACUCUACUCAGUCGUGUCCAUCCACAAGCCGAGACUGGCAUUGUCCAGUCUGCUUGCAGACGGCCAGCUUUCCAGUCCAGACCAACUGUGGGCAUUUAUUCUGUGCUCCCUGUCUGAUUGCCUACUGGAGACACGGGUCCUGGUUGGAUGCCAUCAGCUGCCCUCUCUGCAGACAGAAGGUCAGCGUGCUAUGUAACCUGUUCAAAGAGAGCCGAUCAGACCGACAGUCGAAGGAAGUUCUCGGGGAAAUCACAGACUACAACAAACGUUAUUCUGGAGCCCCGCGAAGGGUAACAGACUACCUAUGUGAUGCUCCCCUCCUCCUGCAGUUACUGGCCCGAGGCCUGGGCACCAUGGGAGGACUCGUGUGGCUGUUUUUCUUCAGGGUGGCCCUGUGCUGCGUGGGGACCGUGGUGUCCAUCUCCUCCCCUCCCCUGGACCCCGUCUCCUCAUCAUCAUCAGCAAAUCCCCUGGAAACAGACCCCUCCCUGUGUGGACUGCUGGGGGUGCUGGAUGACCUGGUGGUGGUCAUCCUGCUCCUUAUCUGCGUUAUCAACAUCAACCAGCAAAUGGCGCCAGAGAGAGGAGGAGGAGGAGGAGGAGGAGAAGAAGGAGGAGGAGGAGGAGGAGGAGGAGGACACUCUGCAACCUCACAAGGAGUGAUGGGGAGUUCACUGUAGACAGACGCUGCUGCUGCUGCUGCUGCUGGAGAGUCAGUACAAGCUGUUUCACUGGAUUUAUUCCUUCAGGCUGCAGCUAGUUGGAUUAGUGGAUGCAAGAAUAUUGACAACAGCACAGCGUGUUAACAGUCGCGAUGUUAGACGGACUCGAACCUCAGGCCUGUUUGUCAAGUGUUUACAGAGCCUACGCAAAAGUGAUAUCUAAAAUACAUUGUCCUGCAGUGUGGCGGUUCAGCUGGGGUCAGAAAUUCUUAUCUCUUAAAGGAACAGUGUGUAAUAUUUACGGGGAUCUAUUGGCAGACAUUGAAUAUAAUAUUAUUACAUUUUCUUUAGAGUAUGAUCACCUGAAAAUAAGAAUCGUUGUGUUUUC